UAGCCCAUCGGCAGGCGAGCGGCAGGGUGGGCAGCCGGAGGGGCGGCUUCCGGGGAGGUUAUAAAGGCAGGAGAGGGUCUCUGAGCGAAGCGGGGGGGCGAAGGCACUUACCCGCUUCCUUGCAGCCCCGGCGCGAAGCUCCGAGGAUUUUGCAGACCCGACGGCAGAAGGAGCCCAGCAGAAGCGGGGAGCGCUGCCGGCCAUGCCCCGGGGAGCUGGGCACAGAAGGAGUUAAGGAUGGUGCCCAGCCUGCGUCCUGCCCUCCUCCUCCUCCUCUUCGUCCUGCAGGCGUUUCUCCUGUGGGAUAGCCCAGUGGCAGCCUCCAUCCAAGAGCAGUACUGUGAGAGCCUGCCGCCCGCCACCAACCACACAGGGCCCCAGUGCAACGCCUCUGUAGACCUGAUCGGCACGUGCUGGCCCCGGAGUGCGGUGGGACAGUUGGUGGCUCGUCCUUGCCCUGAAUAUUUCUACGGUGUGCGGUACAACACCACAAACAAUGGCUACAGGGAGUGCCUCGCUAACGGGAGCUGGGCCGCACGGGUUAACUACUCCCAGUGCCAGGAGAUCCUCAGUGAGGAGAAGAAGAGCAAGCUUCACUACCAUGUUGCCGUCAUCAUCAACUACCUGGGGCACUGUGUUUCCCUUGGGGCCCUCCUCGUGGCCUUCGUCCUCUUCAUGCGCCUGCGGAGCAUUCGGUGCCUGAGGAACAUCAUCCACUGGAACCUGAUCACAGCCUUCAUCCUACGCAAUGCCACGUGGUUCGUGGUGCAGUUCACGAUGAACCCAGAGGUGCACGAGAGCAACGUGGUCUGGUGCCGCCUGGUCACUGCCGCCUACAAUUACUUCCACGUCACCAACUUCUUCUGGAUGUUCGGCGAGGGCUGCUACCUGCACACAGCUAUUGUGCUCACCUACUCCACCGACAAGCUCCGCAAGUGGAUGUUCAUCUGCAUCGGCUGGUGUAUUCCUUUUCCCAUCAUCGUCGCCUGGGCCAUCGGGAAGCUGUACUACGACAACGAGAAGUGCUGGUUUGGGAAGCGAGCAGGAGUUUAUACUGACUACAUCUACCAAGGUCCCAUGAUCCUGGUGCUUCUGAUCAACUUCAUCUUUCUGUUCAACAUCGUCCGGAUUCUCAUGACAAAGCUCCGAGCCUCAACCACGUCAGAGACGAUCCAGUACAGAAAAGCUGUCAAAGCCACGCUGGUGCUGCUGCCCUUGCUGGGAAUCACCUACAUGCUGUUCUUCGUCAACCCGGGGGAGGAUGAGAUCUCCAGGAUUGUCUUUAUCUACUUCAACUCCUUCCUGGAGUCCUUCCAGGGCUUCUUCGUCUCCGUCUUCUACUGCUUUCUGAACAGCGAGGUGCGAUCGGCAGUGCGGAAGCGGUGGCACCGAUGGCAGGACAAGCACUCCAUCCGUGCCCGCGUGGCUCGUGCCAUGUCCAUCCCCACCUCCCCAACCCGUGUCAGCUUCCACAGCAUCAAGCAGUCCACGGCCGUCUGAUGAGCUGGGAGCCAGCUGCCCAACGCAACGGCGUCCCCGUGUCCCCCCUGCGUGGGUCCCCCGGCACGGCGUGGGAGCGGGGUCCUGCCAACAGAGGGUUCACGAACUCACUGCAGCUGUGGGAAACCCUACAGAAGCUCCUGUCCUGCUUGCCAGGAUGGAGCUGUAGGACGGGACAGCCAAGAUGCUGCUUUGCCAUCACCACGGCUGCAGUGUGACCUGCCAGGGUGGCAGGAGGAGUCCAGAGAGGUUACACAGCUGUCGUGCCCACAUCCAUCCCAGGCACGAUGCUGCCUGUCCCAUCUCUGCCUUGUGUUUGUCACUGAGGUGUCAGGACACAGGGACCCCCUAGGGACAGCUGAUGGCGUUAACCCCUUGGCUUGGGAUGCUGCUCAGGGGAGGCAAAAGCCUCUGGGUCAUUGGAGAGGAUGGAGAGCCCAGGGCUGAUUGCAGACUUUGCUAUAUGCAGCUGUGUUUUUAAACCACUGGGGUUAUUUGAGUCCCCCGAGUCCCUCACCAAGUCCCCAGCCAGGUUGUUGCUCGUCUUGACGCUGAGGAUGCAAGGCAGAACCUCGGUGGGAGAGAGCAGGGAGGCAGGAGAUGGAGUUAAUCCUGUGCUCCACCUUGGUGGGUCUCCAGGGCUUUGCAGAGUUCCUGGACCUCAGCCCGGUCACCGAGCAGUGGCUCAGCUCCCCUCUGGCACCCCCACGGGGAUGUGCAUGUCUCUGCCCUGCUCUCCUCCUCCCUGCCUCGCUUCCACCCUUACCAUGAGCUCUGUGCCAAAGCUGCUCCCUGCCCUCGCGCAGGGCCCGGGGCCGAAUCCUUCCCGUGCUGGGGUUAAGUGCCUUGGAGGAGCGGCUGCCUCCAUCCCCAUGCCGGUUCCUGGGCCCUGUCACGUCCUCAAUCCAUCCCCAGUGCCCCAUGUGGUGUAGUCACACAAACCAGCUGUGUGUGCAGUGGGAGGGUUUGGCCCUGACCUCCUCAGAGCUGUUUUUCCUCUCUGUGCAGAGCCAGGGAUGCUCAGACAGAGGGAUGCUGCUGGGGGGGCUGAGGCUGCUCUCUGCAUUCUAGGGAUUUUGCUUCUAAGGCCUUGCAGGGUCUGCCAGAAGUCACUUCACAUUUCUGUGCCUCAGUUUCCCCAUAAGUGUUUUCCUUCCUGGGAAGGUCUAAGUAAUUUUGGAAUUGCAGUAUUCUGGUUUCUUCAGGGUGCACCAUCAGAAAUGAAUAAAAUCUCUUUUUUUCUCUAAAGUGAGGCACAGGCUAAAACCUCCAGGUUCUUUCUUUAAACAUUUGCAAAAUUCAACCUUUUGAAGCAAAUCCCUCCCAUUUCCAUCUCUCCCUCUGAGAUUUCCCACCUGCAUGUCUACUGUGCAGCCAAAACCAGAAAUGUCUCCGCUACCAUGCCGGGAGCAGCAGCAGCUCCCAGUACUGCCCAGUGACCACAUCACAGACCAUUCACUGCACAUGGGGCAGGUUCUGGUCCUUGCACUUCCUCCAUCACCAGCAGCCCCAGAAACUGCCCUUUAUCCCAUGUAUGGACGAGACAAAGACCCCUGAAGCUACACAAUGGGAAAACCAGCAGGUCCCAGCUUUAUUCCCAUAUGGGGAGAGUUGCAGAAUGGUGCAAACCCUGAGGAAAGAGCGGAGGUAAGCCCUCCUUGAGGCACACCUAGAGCCAACCCCAGGCUUCUGUCCGGUGGCAGAGGCACCCAGGAUGACAUCCUGCAAGGAAGGGACUCGCUCUGGCCCCCACAGGUUCCUUUGAGCUGUGUUGGGUGCUCUGGGGGGGCACUGAUAGAGAUCUGCUGGCUGUGGAGAAGGCGGAAACGCCCCCCCCCCCCCCCAGGGAGCUUUUUCAUUGUACAUACAAGAGGUGUCACCAGAAAGUGAUGUGCUACUGGUGCGGUUUGGAUGUUUCUAAAGCAGAGUCACUUUUGGUGGGAAAGAAGCUGUAAAUUGAAAAAAAGAGGGGAAAAAAGAAAAAAAGGAGAAAAAAAAAGCAAGGAAAGAAACCCAAACAAAAACAUCUGUGUUUGUAUCGCUGUUUUUUCCCUUCUCUUGGUGGUCGGCUCUGACUGAUGUGACUUUACUUUCCGUAGCUGGAGAGGUGUGUGUGUGCUCAGCCUUGUCUGAUUAAAAUGACUUUGAUUCCUCUCUCAAGGGCUUUCAGGGCUUCUUUAUUUUGGGGAGAAGACACCCCCAGCAUGGCUCCUCCUCAAUUCCUGGCCGCUUCUUGUGGCCUCCCUGCUUCAGGGCCACCUGCCCAUAGGGUGGAGGGGGGACACAGGUUCUCCAUGAAGGUACCAGCCCCAUCCCACUGAGGAAGGUGAGGAGCACCCCUGCGGGUCUCCCACCACACAAAUACCACCAAGGCUAGAAAAAACAGUUGC